UCAUGGCGGCGGCCGUCAGGAGGUACAGUUGGUUCGUUUCCGUUUCUAGAAAAGUGGGAAGUUAUCUGUUUAAUUCAGUUUUCAUCGCUCAGGCGGCGGCGUGCGCUUCCAAAAUGGACUCGGAGAGACCAACCAAGCUGGAGUUUGCGGUGCAGAUGACCUGUGAGAGCUGCGCAGAGAAAGUCAGAGCUGCUCUGGAGGAUAAACCAGGAGUGAAGUCUGUCAGUAUCGAUGUCAGUAAAGAGGAGGUGUUGGUGGAAUCUGCUCUGACCAGUGCCGAGGUGCAGGCUCUGAUAGAGAGCACUGGACGCAGGGCCGUGCUGAAAGGCAUCGGAGGAUCGGAGCAAGAUCUGGGUUCAGCAGUGGCCAUGAUGGCUGGUGUGGGAACGAUCCAGGGUGUGGUGCGUUUCCUGCAGCUGUCUGAACAGCGAUGCUUGAUUGAUGGGACCAUUGAUGGUUUGGAGCCUGGACCCCACGGCCUCCAUGUGCACACCCUGGGGGACCUCACACUGGACUGCCUGAGUUGUGGAGAGCACUAUAACCCCUUUGGAAGACAACACGGCGGUCCAGGGGACUCUGAAAGGCAUGCAGGUGAUCUGGGGAAUAUUGUUGCUGGACCAGAUGGCAGAGCCUCAUUUAGACUAGAGGACAGUCAGAUAAAGGUAUGGGAUGUGAUUGGCCGAUCGCUGGUAGUGGAUGCAGGGGAGGACGACCUUGGUCGAGGUGACCACCCUCUCUCUAAGCAGACUGGAAACUCUGGGGAAAGACUGGCCUGUGGGAUCAUCGCUCGAUCAGCGGGUCUUUUUCAAAACCCCAAACAGAUUUGUGCCUGCGACGGGGUCACGCUGUGGGAGGAGAGAGACAGGCCGAUAGCUGGGAAAGGUCGAAGCAAAGCCAACACAGAGACACCGGCAGCGCACCUCUGAACCUAGGAGCACAAACACCGACCACAUUUGUAACCCGUGUUGGAUAGUUUGAACAGAAAGAGCCCCUCGAAGAGAAUUGCAGAGGACAUUUGUCGACAGAGGGUGAAGCGAGAAAGACAAAGCACUAAGGAAUAUGUUUCCAGACAGCUGGACAAUCGACCAAAGAAAAAUAGCCUUAUUUUCUUGUAAUUUUUCUCUGGGAUCAAAUCAAAUGCUCUUACAGCUGCAGGUAGUGUCCUCUGAGGAUUUUAAAAGCACUAAAGCAGAUUAAAACAGCCUUUAAAACAGGGAGUUUGUAAAAUUCGCCUCUGAUUAGCUAGAUGUCUGUUAAUACUGUUAUAUGUUUGUAUAACCAGUCGCCUCUGACACAACUAUCUCAUCACUGUCUAAAUUGAUGUGCUUGUAAGAUUUAAGGUAUCCAUUUUGACUGUACACUGGCUGGGGAUAAAUGCACUUCAAUUUGCCAUGAAAGUGUCGAAGUUAAUUAUGCAAGCCUCCUAAAAACAGCAGAAGUAGUAAAAAACAUCCUGAUACUCCCACCGCAUCAGUGAUUCCCAGGCAGGGAUACUUGUACAACGGGGGAUACUUCUGCAGUCCGGUGGACAUUUUGAGACAUUGUGGAGUGGCUCAGCUCAGAGAUUAUGAUUUGGUAAAAAAAUAUAUCAACAUUUUUUAUUUUAGGAGGAAAAUCAACACGCAAAUAGGAUUACAUAAUGGUGUGAUGCUGAGGCUGUCUCUACAGGAUAUGUCUUAAACUAAUUCAUCUGUAACCUAAGUGUUGUGAUUGAGUAUGCCUAUAAAAAAAAAAAAAAAACCUGUAAAAAAAGCAAACAGAAAGGUCAAAAUAGAUAGCUUAAAGUAGUAGUUCGAUGGCUGAAACAUCCAGCUUUGGUUACUCCAUGUGGUAGCAGCAACCUAAACAUGGACUGCUCCAGGAUGGAGGAUUCACACUCUUAUUAUAAAAGGGAAACAAUGUGUGGAUACUUAGGAACCACUGGGCUUACGCAGGACACAUUGAGGCAAUCUGGGCCACUGUUAGCUGCGUUAGCUUGUUCUUUUUAAAUCCAUAAGGUGGUGUGAGCGACUUGGGUAAGAGAGAUUGCAAGGAGCUUGGGAGAGGGAGUCAAAUUCCAUCCAGAGUGAAAGGCCAAGGGUGGGAGGGGGUUUGAUAAGGGGAGGUGUCUUGAGGGAUUGUGUGCUCAGCUGUUUUUCCAACAUGGCGUUUAAGUGUACAGUUUCUUCAUGGUGGUCACAGUCAACGUUGGUGUCAUACAAUGCAGGAAAAUGAAAUUCUGUGCCCAUUUUCUGCUUUAAAUUGUCCAUUUUCUUGUGUAUAAACUAUACAUGAUGAUUGAAGUCUAAUAUAAUAAUGUACAAAACUUGUACCUGCUGACACUUUUUGAUUUUUGUUAACACAUAUUGAAGACUUAAGUAUUGGGACAUCGUUUACACCUAUUGAUGUACAUAUGUGAGUGUGUAGCUUUGUAGCUUUGCAUUGAUUUUCCAAAUUGAGCAUCGGUCCAGUCUCGUGACGCCUGAAUAAGGUUAUUGAAUUUUUCCUGAAUGCUCAGUCGGUGUUUCUUUUGUUUGUGUCUGAAGGUUGUGAAUGCAACUUGAAUGUAGAGCUGGAACUAAUGACUGUUGAUGUUAUUGAUUAUUUAUUUAAUCUAUAAAAAUGUCCUUAUUUCCCAGA